UGGUUCAGAUAGAAGGAGGGGGGAAGGGAGGGAGCUGUGUAAGUGUGUGUGUUUAGCCUCGGCAAAAAAGGGGGCUAGUCGUUGAAAUCCGUGUCCAUCCUCUACGAGGCAAGCGGUGAUGUUUUUUUCGGCACCCUGAACAUAAUCUACAUGCUGCUGGCUUUUAGCAAAGCUGCAUAUUGUUGUUUUGUGACAAGAGGGGAGGUAGAAAAGGGAUGGUGAAAAUUGGACGGUAACAGGAAAAACGGCAGCCGUCUUGAGCGGGGGACUGAAGAAGAGAGGAACUAGGGGAAGAGAAUAGCGAGCGGGGAGGCUUGUUCGAAAGGAGCACAGCACGAAAAACAGUUUUAAAAAAUUGACGACGCCUUUUAAAUUCUAUCUUUACUUUUUGUUUACAUAACACAAAGCCAUGGAACUUCGGGUGGGCAAUAGGUACAGACUGGGCCGGAAGAUCGGAAGCGGAUCAUUCGGAGACAUUUAUUUGGGCACAGAUAUAGCUGCUGGAGAAGAGGUUGCCAUUAAACUAGAAUGUGUGAAAACCAAACAUCCUCAGCUUCACAUAGAGAGCAAGAUUUACAAAAUGAUGCAAGGGGGAGUGGGUAUUCCUACCAUUAAAUGGUGUGGCGCAGAGGGAGAUUAUAAUGUGAUGGUAAUGGAGCUACUGGGGCCAAGUCUUGAAGACCUUUUUAACUUCUGUUCACGAAAAUUCAGCCUGAAAACAGUUCUUCUGUUGGCAGAUCAAAUGAUAAGUCGAAUUGAGUAUAUUCACUCAAAGAACUUUAUUCAUAGAGAUGUGAAGCCAGACAAUUUCCUUAUGGGUUUGGGGAAAAAGGGAAACCUCGUUUAUAUCAUUGACUUUGGCCUGGCCAAAAAGUAUCGGGAUGCACGCACACAUCAACAUAUUCCUUACCGUGAAAAUAAAAACCUGACUGGCACAGCCCGGUAUGCUUCCAUCAAUACUCACUUGGGAAUAGAACAAUCACGGCGUGAUGACCUUGAAUCCUUGGGAUAUGUAUUAAUGUACUUUAACCUCGGUUCCUUGCCAUGGCAAGGCCUGAAAGCAGCUACAAAAAGACAGAAAUAUGAGCGAAUCAGUGAAAAGAAAAUGUCUACGCCAAUUGAAGUGCUCUGCAAAGGCUACCCUUCUGAAUUUGCCACAUACCUGAAUUUCUGUCGCUCUCUUCGCUUUGAUGAUAAACCUGACUAUUCCUAUCUUCGGCAGCUGUUCAGAAAUCUUUUCCACAGACAAGGCUUUUCAUACGACUAUGUCUUUGACUGGAAUAUGCUCAAAUUUGGUGCUAACAGAGCAGCUGAAGAUGCUGAGCGUGAAAGAAGGGAAAGAGAGGAGAGAAUGAGGCACACACGCAACCCAGCAACCAGGGGACUUCCCUCCACUGCCUCCGGGAGGCCAAGAGGAACACAAGACGUUGCCCCCCCAACCCCUCUCACACCCACAUCACAUACUGCAAACACUUCACCCCGUCCAGUAUCUGGAAUGGAGAGAGAGCGAAAAGUCAGUAUGAGAUUACAUCGUGGCGCUCCUGUCAACAUAUCAUCUUCAGAUCUCACUGGGCGGCAAGAUACCUCACGUAUGUCAACAUCACAGAAUAGCAUUCCCUUCGAACACCACAGCAAGUAGCUGCUCGCCAUGUUCUUGUUUGAAGGCAGCACUGGAUCUUGUCACGUGUGACCCCGAGCGGACUCCAGUCUGCUGUACCCCGAUGAAAGAAAAUCAGUCGCCAUGGAGGGCAGAUGAUGCAUGGCUGAUCUUUACUAGUCUAAUUCCAACAGCUUCACUAGUGCAACACAAGUAACCUAAAUUGAGCAAAAAGUGGUGUUCAUGCCUUUUAAGAACAAACAAACACUUAAGACACUUUCUGAGAAGAUCGACUAAAGGAAUAUACUUGCUGUACGCAUGGCCUCCUUGGCCAAGGGGUCCUUGCCUGAAUUGUCGCCUGCUGUGCGCAAAGUGCAACCUGCAGCCAAAGCUGGUUUGAGAAGUGGUGUUUACCAAAUGAAGCGACUGCGUGAAAUGAACUGCCAUUUUUCUCCCUCCAUUGUUGGCAAAAACGUACCAGUUUUAUUAUCCUACUGUAUGAUGAUAGACAUUAACUCACUUUAAAGGGUUUUUUGUAUUAAGCUAAAAUUCAGCAGGCCCAAGUCUGUGUAGAUGGGUAGUGUGUCAAUGUUAUCGCUUUAUCGUCUGUGAUUAUACAACAAAAGUACCGAAUUUAAAAAGAGAAAAAAAAAAAAAAAAACGCAAACUUCAAGACUUGAAAUUCCUCAUAACGUGCAGGGGCUGAUCCUUGUGGAUUUAAUUUUUUUUAACCUCCUUUUUGUAUGGACCUUUAUCUGCUUUUCUAUCAAACCACUUUUUUUUUUUUUCUUCUUUUUUUGAAGUGUUAGUUGGUGGGUUUUGUUGCCCAGUCCUUUGAUUUUUAUGUUGUUGUUCUAUGUUUUAAAUUUGAGAGAGAAAUAAAUCUCUGGUUGCCAUUUUGAAAUGUGUGCAAUAAAGUACUCGGAGGGGUCAGCACAAUGGCGCCUUGUAACAUCCACAACAAGAACAUGAAAAGCAAUGCCUUGUCAGCCAAUGCAUGGCAGGAGGAAGUGGGCCAAGUGUAAAGUUUUAAGUUAAUUUUUUUUUUAUUCAUUAUUUUAAUUAAUAAUAAAAGUAGUUUGUUAGUGGUUCCCUCACUCCCACUGAAUGGCUCCUUUUAAAAUGUAUUCCUUUAACAUUGUGUUUCAGUUCUUUCAGUUUUUUUUUAGUUUUUUUUUUGUUUUUGUUUUUGACGCUGUUUCAAAGCUGUGAAAUAAAACCUGUACAAUAGAAUUGUAAAUGUUUUCAUUUGCUCUCCUGUGAAUCUAGCUACUCUUUAUUCUCCCGUUUCAUGCCUUAUUUAAAAAAAAAAAAAAAAAAGUCAGGCAUCUUUUUUUAAGGCUUUAGUAUUCAUGCCUCGUGUAACAUUUCAAGGUGCACGUCUGAGCCUCUAUUUUAUAACGGCUUAUUUUUUGUUCUUCUCUUGCUUUCUUUAGAGGCACAUUAUGGCCAGUUGUCAAUGAAAAGCAGUUCAUUAAUAUUGGAAUGAACUUGAUGGGCUCUUUUCAUUUUAAAUGCACCAGCACUCGGUCUACUUUUUCACCUACUUUUGAUACCUGGAGAACCCAGAAUUUAAAUUCAUUAUCUCACAAGUUAAAGGUUAGUAUUUCACUCUUCAAGACUGUUACUUGUUAAUGCUGUCCAAUAUUUAAAUACAUUGUUCUUAUUUUUUAAUUCGUGUGUGCCAGAUGACACCGUUUUCACCACCAUGUCCCAUUCAGCUCGAGUGGUCUUUGGUGUUUUUAAUUUCUGAAUAUUGAGGCGUGCACACUAAAUUUCAGCAGCAGGGCUGGUGGCAAAGGUGCUGCCUGGAAUGGUCUGCUUUAAUUCAUGACUAUUAUUAACUUCUGCUUUUCUAUAUAUAUAGCUCCAGUUGGAGCCCCCUUGCUAGUGCCCCCUUUGGCCAAAGUAGUAGUAAUAGAGUAUUCGCUGCUUCGGGAGAAGGGAAUGGGAGCAAAGAUUGAUCGAGGCCUUUAGCCCCAUUUUGUUGCAUCUGGAGAGUUCUCUUCCUGCACCGUUUUUAUUGAAAAUAGGCAAAACUGCUUGUCUCGGACAUCUUCUCUUUCACACAUAGUGGUUAUGUAGGGUCCCAUGUGUUGGUAAUCUGCUGGCCUUGUAAGGUUUCUCUCAUUUGUAUUGCCACUGUAUUUGUGUACUUUAAAUUUAUGUAAAUAAAUUAAUGAUUACUUGUA